AGCUAGAGGGAAGCAAAUCCCUUGCCAGGCAGGCCUCUGGUGCUGUCGGGGGCUGGCCCGUCAGGAGUUCCCUCUGACCACCCCUUCCCUCAGGACCCUCCUCACUUAUGCCCUCUGGAUAUGCAGGCCCAGCAUGGCGCCCGCACCUGCCAGCAUGGCCCUGCCUGGCUUUGGAAGGAGGGUGAACCUCCUGUUAGUUAUAGAGAAAUCACCUGUGUGGAGGGGGACCCCUGCAGUUAGGGGGCCUGGGGUGGGAGCACCAGAGAGGAACCUGGGCACCAUCACGGCAGGCGCAGGGCUGGCGGAGGCAGGGACGGGGAGGGGCCCUGCUGCUGGAAUCCUUGAUGGCCCUGGGCUCCAUGGCCCACCUCUUCAGACCGCCAGUGAUGUCACAACAGCAGGGGUGGGGACUGUGGGGUCCCCCACUGCCUCAACCCGGCUGACCUUUAUCCCAGUUUGGCGUGGGGGCCAAGGCAGACCCGGCUCCACUGGCCAGUAUCUCCUUAAAAGCUUCCCCUGGACUCCUCCCUCCUGGACUGGCCCCUGCGCUGCUCUCCUGAAAGGGAACAGUGGGCUUCUGGGAGUGAGAAGGACGGCUGGAGUCAAGGCUGGAGGCGGGAAGACUGGCUGCGUGCAGAAUGCCAAGGAGCUUCAGAAAACACGUGAGCCUGUGGAAGGAAAAACCUGGAAGGAAGCACCCUCUGAAGCUGGGAUUAUGAUCAACAAUCAUCUUAUUUAUGAGGUGGAUAUUAUUAGUUACAUUGUGGAGUUCGGGACUCUGAGAUGCCACCAUGUUGGGUGACUUACUUGAAGCCACAAGAGUAGUGAGUAGUGGGGUCAGGGCACUUUGGGGCAGCCUGGCAAGGGUGAGCCCGGGCAACAUGAUGGUGGCCAAGAAGAUUCUGCUGCAGUCUUGGAUCCUCUUUCUUAGUGUGUCACCCCUUCCCAAUCCCUGGGCAUUGGCCCAUUGACUCACCUGUCAUUAACUCCAUUAACUCAUUUAUAAAAUAAAUAUGCACUAAGCACUCCCUAGGUGCUCCAUUAUUAUUUUUUUUAAAUUUA